CUUUCUCUCUCUCUCCCCCCUCUCUGUCCGAGUAUGCUCUCUAAAAGGCUCAAAGACAUUAUUCCAAGAAAGUCCCAUUGUGCCGCGCGUAUGCCAUCCUUAAGUUCUUAUAGCUUCCAUGGACCUUCUCAAGAUCCUGCUUCCUAAGCAAAUGGCUCUCUGCAAGUCUGGUUCUCUCCACAUCUUAGUUCUCCUCCGCUUUCAGUUGUUAUCCAUCGUGAUCCCCCAUGCAACCCCACUCUCCUUCAACUUCACUGGCAAUGAACUGGACAGACCAAACAUAAGCUUCUCUGGCAACGCCGACUCCGUCAACGACGCCGUCCAACUCACCCAGAACCAGCGGGACUCUCCCCUUGACCAUAGCGUUGGAAGCGCCACAUAUUCCGAACGGGUGCCUCUCUGGGACAAAGAUUCAGGAACGCUUGCCAACUUCACAACAAAUUUCAUAUUCGCUAUCAACAGCUUCGGAGAAUAUGUAAGUGGUGACGGGCUUGCCUUCUUCCUCUCACCCUUCCCUUUUGAGGCUCCACCGAACUCAUCCGGUGCGGGUCUUGGACUAUUUACAAAUUCUGGCAAUAAUACGUCGGAGAAUAAUGUGGUGGCUGUCGAAUUUGAUAGCUUUUGGAACCCUCAGUUCAACGAUACGAGCGCCAACCAUGUGGGCAUCGACAUUUGGUCGAUCUUUUCCGAAAAACAAGUGGACUUGAAUGCUAGCAUCAGAGAGAAUGCACAAUUCAUUGCAUCCGUUAGUUACGAUGCUGUUGCUCAAAAUUUGAGCGUCUUCCUCAGUAAAGCUUCAGAUCCUCAGAGGAAUUGGAGUCUGUUUUAUGUUGUGGACUUGAGGGACUACCUGCCUGAGAACGUAGCCAUUGGUUUGUCAGCUUCCACCGGGGACGUUUACGAGUCGCAUAGCAUCUAUUCCUGGGCUUUCAAUUCCUCCAAUUUGGGUUCUCUAGGUCCUUCCGAAGCCAAGAAGAAGAGUAAGACGAGCCUAGUGGUGGGGCUUGCUGUUGGUAUUGGGAUCUUGCUAUGUGGGUUGGGUUUGUUGUGGUCCGCAGUAUCGCGUAAGAGGGCCAGGGGAGGGAUGGAAGCACAACAAGAAGAAGAAGAAGAAGAAGAGAUGGCUCUUGAAUUGUCCCUCAAUAAUGCAUUCGAGAGAGGUGGCGGCCCUAGGAAAUUUUCUUAUACUGCACUCGCGAUUGCAACCAGAAAUUUUGUUAAGGAGGCAAAGCUUGGCGAAGGAGGUUUCGGGGAGGUUUACAUGGGAAUGUUGGAUGAUACGAAGCAAGAAGUGGCAAUCAAGAGGAUUUCUAGAGAUUCUAAGCAAGGGAAGAAGGAGUAUAUUUCAGAAGUCACGAUUAUAAGCCGGCUGCGGCAUCGCAAUCUUGUGCAGCUCAUCGGCUACUGCCAUCAAAAAGGCGAUUUGUUGCUUGUCUACGAGUACAUGUCGAACAAAAGCCUCGAUCGGCAUCUAUACAGCGAGGAGAGAUUGCUAACAUGGUCAGAGAGGUACCAGAUCGCAUUCGGCUUGGCCUCAGCACUGCUCUAUCUUCACGAAGAGUGGGAGCAAUGUGUGGUCCAUAGAGAUGUCAAGCCGAGCAACGUGAUGUUGGAUUCAGGGUUCAAUGCUAAACUCGGUGACUUUGGGCUCGCAAGGCUCGUGGAUCAUGACAGUAACAUGCAAACAACGCUCAUCGCUGGGACCAGGGGAUACAUCGCACCUGAAUAUGCUACCACAGGAAAAGCUAGCAGAGAAUCAGAUGUAUACAGCUUUGGAGUUGUUGUGCUAGAAAUUGCAUGUGGUAGAAAACCAAUUGAUUUAAAAGAGGAGCAAGACAAGGUGAAUUUGGUAGAGUGGGUUUGGGAGCUUUAUGGCCAAAACAUGUGUUUAACGGCAGUGGAUAAAAGGUUAAAGAUGGAAUUGGAUGAGAAACAAAUGGAGCGCUUCAUGAUUGUAGGGUUGUGGUGUGCCUAUCCAGAUUACAAUCUGAGACCAUCGAUAAGACAAGCAAUCAACGUUCUCAAAUUUGAUGCUCCACUUCCCGAUCUGCCGCCCAAGAUGCCUGUAGCAAUGUAUUUUCCUCCAAUGAAUAUUUCUAAUCUUAUCUCCGCAUCAUCAUCAUCCGGCGGACCUUCAGUUAGUAGCUACUCGACAAGCUCCAACUCAAAAAUGUGCAGGAGUUACUUUGAGUAAGAAAUUGAAACAAGUUUUAAAGAUUGAGCUUUUGUUCUCGGAGGUC